GUUUUAGGUGAUGUAAUAGUCUCCCCCCAUUACCAACCUCUCCAACAGCACUUAGCUAAAUCUAAACCCAGAAAAGCAGUAGUGGAAGUGUGAGCAUGUUUUUUAUUGGAACUCUUGCAGGUUGUGAAGCUGCGUCUGAGGGCAGGCAGGUGCGCUCUGGUAAUGCAGCUGCAGUGGGUCUGGGGCUGCUGUGUUUUAUCCUGCUGGCUGUAAUCGUGGGUCUGAGUAUCAAACACAAUGCAGAAAUACAGCAGAUCCAGAACAGCUAUACCAACAUCACACUGGAGAGAGACCAGCUACAGACCAGCUACACCAACAUCACACUGGAGAGAGACCAGUUACAAACCAGCUACACCAACAUCACACUGGAGAGAGACCAGUUACAAACCAGCUAUGACAAUCUGACCUUAGAAAGAGAUGGACUUCAAAGCAGGCUUGCUAACAUUGACAUAUUCUGUCCUCCUGGCUGGAAAAAGUUCAUGUCCAGCUGUUACUACAUUUCUAUCAACAUGCAAACCUGGGAUCAGAGCAGGAUGGAUUGCAGAGGAAAAGGAGCGGAUCUGGUGAUCAUAAACAGCGAAGAGGAACAGACUUUUGUUUCUGGACUGGCGAGAAACUUCUGGAUUGGUCUGACAGACCAGUACCACCAGGGCCAGUGGAAAUGGGUGGACGGCUCAUCACUGACAUCCCAGUAA